AUGAAAACCUUGAGAAGAAACAAGGAAGGAAUCUAUAACACUGCUCAAAACUAUCACAGAAAGUUCUCAGCCAUCGCCAAGGGUGCUAGAGCUAACAGACCUAGACACCAAGAAUGCCUUGUUUUGGUGGAGACAAGGGACACUUAUACUCCACUUCUGCAUCAAAUCUUGCAAAGCUGUGCAAGAACAGGUGCACCCAUGGAAGGUAAGGCCUGCCAUAGACAGAUCAUAUGUCUUGGAUUGCAAGCAGGCACUUUAACAUCUAACAUACUCAUCAACGUGUAUUCUAAAUGCGGUUUAGUUUAUUGUGCUGACAAAGUUUUUGAUGAAAUGCCUGAAAGAAGCUUAGUUUCAUGAAACACGAUGAUUGGGUCACUUACCCAGAAUGGGGAGGAACAGAAAGCUCUUGGUAUUUUCUUGUAGAUGGAAAGAGAAGGAAACCAUUUUAGUGAAUUCACUGUUUCGAGUGUUCUUUGUGCUUGUGCAGAGAAAUGUGCUGUUUUUUAGUAUAAACAACUGCACGCUCUUGCUGUUAAGUUAGCAAUGAAUUUAAAUGUCUAUGUGGGAAUUGCAUUGCUUGACGUUUAUUCAAAGUCUGGUUUGAUAAAGGAUGCAAGCUGUGUGUUUGCGUCUCUGCCAGAGAGGAGUGAGGUUACUUGGAGUUCGAUGGUAGCCGGGUAUGUGCAAAAUGGGCUUUAUGAGGAGGCUUUGAUGUUCUUCCAUAGAGCUAAAAUGAUGGGGUUAUUGCAGAACCAGUUUACAAUUUCUUCUGCUAUUUGUGCUUGUGUAGGUCUGGCAGCUCUUAUUGAAGGGAAGCAGGUGCAUGCCGUGUUAUGUAAAACUGGAUUUGGUUUGAAUAUAUUUAUUGUUUCCUCUCUUAUAGACAUGUAUGCAAAAUGUGGUAGCAUUAAAGAAGCUUACCAUGUGUUUUGAGGUAUGGAUGAGACAAACACUGUGUUAUGGAAUAACAUGAUUUCUGGGUUUGCUAGACAUGCUUGCUCCCUAGAGGUGAAACUAUUUGAGAAAAUGCAGGAGAUGGGUAGGUUCCCAAGUGAAGUAACGUAUGUUUAUGUAUUAACUGCUUGUAGUCAUAUGGGAUUGAUUGAAAGUGAAAGGAAAUACUUCAACCUCACAGAACACAAUGUGUCACCUACUGUUGUUCACUAUUCAUGCAUGAUUGAUCUUUUUGGUCGGUCAGGAUUGUUGUUUGAAGUCUAUAAUUUGAUAGAGGAAAUUCCAUUUGAUGCUACUGCUUCCAUGUGGGAUUCACUGUUGGCUUCUUGUAGGAUCCAUGGAAAACUUCACUUGGCUGAGGUAGCAGCUAAGCAUUUGUCUGAGAUAGAACCUAAUAAUGCCGGGAAGAGUUGGAUUGAAAUCAAGGACAAAAUUCACUCAUUCAUGGUUGGAGUUUCGCAUGUUAGAAUUGCUGGGAUAUACUCAAAAUUGGACUGUUUGAUCGAAGAGUUGAAGAUUAUGGGCUACACGGCUGAGACUGAACAUGACCUUCAUUAUAUGGGAGAGAACAGAAAACAUGAACCUUUGAGGCACCGCAGUGAGAAACUUGCUCUUACUUUGGGGUUGAUGCGUUUACCUUCAAAUGCAUCUAUCAGGAUCAUGAAGAAUCUUAGGAUUUGUGGUGAUUGCCAUUCUUUUAUGAAGAUUGCAUCAUCUUGUACUGGGAAGGAAAUCAUCGUCAGGGAUACUAACAUGUUCCACCAUUUCAAGAAUGGUUGUUGUUCUUGUCGGGAAUUUUGGUAG